CGGCGAUCUCAGCUCAUUUACGCUUCCAGCAGCAGCAGCGCGAGCAUGGGAACGACCGAGUCGCGGACGACGCCGCCGCCGCAUGCGUCCGGCGCGAUGCUCUGGAAGGCGUCGCGGCUGGGCGACGUCAACAAGGUCCGCGCGAUCCUGCUGCACCCGGACGCGGCCAUAUUUGUCAACUGGACCCACCCCGAGCAUGGCACGACGCCCCUCAUGAUGGCGAGUCUCUGCGGCAAGCACAAGCUCGUAUCGAUGCUGCUCGAGAGAGGUGCGGGCGUCAACGUCCGCGACCGCGCCGGCGGCAAUACGGCGCUGCACUUUGCGGCGGCCAAGAACAAGGUCGGCGUUGUCGAGAAGCUCCUGUCGGCCAACUGCGACGCGCACAUCUGGAACGACGAUGGCCUCGCUGCCAUCGACCUUGCGCGCUUUGCCGGCCAGCGGGAGGUCGCGCUGCUACUCUCGCGCCGGUUUGUGACGGCCAAGGGCUUCCUUUACGUCAAGAAAGGCCACUCGGUUUUUACGCAGUGGAAGAAGCAGUGGUGCAUGCUUCUCGAGUGCACGACCGACCAGUCGUGUCUUGAACUCGCCAUGUACAAGGAGCCGGACGAUGUCAAGCCCACCAAAGUCCUCUUGCUGAGCGCGGCCGCGACCGCUGUUUCGCCGACGUCGUCGAGCCGCCACGUGCGCAAGCACACGUUCCACUUUACGCCCAACGCGACCAUCCAGCGCUACCAGCGCGAUGCGUUCUCACGGUCCGAGAGCAUCCGUGGGCGCCGGCACCUUCCCAGCUACAGCGCCAACGGCGUGCGCUUUGCGACAGAGACCGAGGACGGUCGCCGGCAGUGGGUCGAGCUCCUCGGUCCGCUCGCGUUCACGCCACUGCCACCCCGAAUGGACAAUGUGCCACAACGCAGCAGCAACAACAACUCUAUCGAAACCACCCUCGAGGACCAAAAGCAAGAUAUGCGUUGCUACAACGUAGGGCCCGAGCCGUGCCCCGAGGUGCGUCCGUCGGCGCCGCCGCUCGAGCUCGGCGCGUUCGAGGCCAACAACGACUGCGUCAUCUGCAUGGACCAGCCGCGCGCCGCAGUCGUUGUGCCAUGUGGCCACCUCGCGGGCUGCUACCCGUGUCUCCAGGAGCAUCAGCGCAAAGCGACGGGAUGCCCGAUAUGCCGGACGCCCAUCGCGACCGUCGUCCGCGUCUUCACGUGCUAAUACUACGCUCAUGGUCAGUACCGGUCCCGUCGUUCGUCCCUGAACGCACGACCUAUCGUUCUCUGCAGAUCCCGCUGGCGUACCCCGACCAGGCGCCGGUUUCUUUGCAUCCGUGCGAUGACGAGCAGAAGUGUAGCUUUGCAUUUCAUUUUGCCAUCUGGUGGCGCUGGAUCUGGCACCCACCUCGAGUUCGUGUACGCGUCUGGUCAGCGCGAUUUGGUAUGGUUUCUGCAACCACACCGAUUUUCUGAAGCGAUGCGCCCAUGGCGCAUGCGUUGCUCACUGCACAUAUCGGGCCAAACGCUCGCUCGUUCCGUCCUCGCAACGCAAGGUCUUUGCAACCACCUCUUUUCUCACAAGGAAUUUGGUGAAUUGGGUGUGUUCCGAAACCUCAGGAAUGGCGUGUCGCGCGGCCUCGCAAAGGGUCCCGCCCGACGCAAGUGCAAUUACAUGGUAUUCUACGGGCCGUUUCGCGUCCUCCAAGUACUGUUCAUUGUCGUGCCUUCAACCAAACGAAAAUACUUUGUGGGCAGAGUCGGUGAACAUCGCGAUGCUUUCUGACCCAAGACACUUGCAUAUCAAUAUCAACCCUCGUGUCC